CCUAAACCGAAACGUCAAUGCGGCUGUCAUUGUCAUAAAUUUGACACUUUCAAAAGUCGUUUUUCUCUCAUAGCUAUUUGCAGUUUAGUUUUAGUUCCCUUGUAGUUUUACGUGUUGCAGCUUUAAUACCAACAAUGGAAAACUCGUUAACAAAUUUCGAAUUAACCGACAGCACCUUAAAAGCGAAUUCCGAUUCGGAACACGGUUCGGACAAAAGCGAGACACUCGAAAUUUUAAGUAUCGGCGACACCGACCAGUCGUCUUCAAACGGAGGCAAGUCUGACGAGGACUUUGACAAUAAUCUCCCCGAAACGGUGACUCUUCUCAAACAUGAAGCAACAGGUGCCAAAGUUUAUCUCGUUGGAACGGCUCACUUUAGCAACGAAUCCAAGGAGGAUGUUAUCAAAGUUAUUCGCAAUAUUCUUCCACAUGCUGUUGUUUUGGAACUGUGUGCCUCAAGGACCAACAUUUUGUCGUUGGAUGAAAAAACAAUCUUAGAAGAAGCCAAAAAUAUAGAUUUGCAAAAAAUUGUUAAUAAUAUUAAGUCUAGUGGCCUUUACAAUGGAAUUAUGUACAUUUUGCUCUUGAAUAUGAGUGCCCAUAUUACGAAGGAGUUGGGGAUGGCCCCAGGGGGCGAAUUUAGGGUUGCUUAUCAGGAGGCCGAAAAAAUCCCCAAUUGCGAGGUGCUGCUAGGUGAUCGCCCCCUUGGAAUCACCCUCCACAGAGCUUUGUCCAAGUUAACUUGGUUCCAGACUGUUAAGCUAGCGUGGCAUUUGUUGACUUCAAAAGAGAAAGUCAGCAUUGAAGACAUAGAGAAGUGUAAAAAGCGUGAUAUGUUAGAACAGUUAUUGACUGAAUUGGCGGGCGAAUAUCCGGCGUUUAGGGACGUAUUUCUGAACGAGAGGGACAUUUAUUUAACUCAUUCUCUCCAGGCGGCUGCCACUGCUGCUUGCAAGAAGAACAGAGCCAAAGAAGGUGGUGAUGAGCCCAUCAGGAUUGUGGGUGUGGUGGGGAUAGGUCAUGUCCCUGGAAUAACGAAAUUGUGGCCCAAAGACCAGAAACCCUUCAUUGCUGAAAUUUUACAAGUGCCACCACCUUCACUCACCUCCAAAGUGGUGAGACUCACUUUUCGGGUUUCGUUGCUAACUUUUGGCGGUUAUCUGGUGUACAAGUUUGUGCCAGUUCCUAAAAUGCUCAAAGAGAAUUCGCAUUUGGUUAUUCAGCACAUUUUAACCAGUGUUAAGGGUAACUCUAAUUUUAAGUAUGCCUUACAUUGAAUUUUAAAAUUGUUUUAAGCUUAAAAUUGUUGCUUUUCUAAUUCUAAGUCAAACAUUCCGUUGUAUAUUUUUUUAAUGGUAGGUUAAGGUGUAGUUCAAAGAGAUUGUUAUUUAAAUCAUAAUAUAUUUCUAAAAUAUCAUAUAACUUGGAAGACUUGAUGGCAGGAUGAUUUAAGUACUUGGGUUUGUUUGUUAUUCACUGCCAAAUUAUUUGACAUCACCGGCACAUCGAAAGCCUAAAUUUCCGGCCGAACUGUCUUUGGUAUUGAAAGAUCUUGCAGCGCAGCGAUACCUCCAACAGUAAGACUCAUGACAGAGGUAGGAGCCCCCUUUCUUCACUUUGGCGUCCUGAAAUGUUAUUCUUAAUUAUAUGUUUUGUUAUUGGUUGAAAUAAAGUUUUGGCAUAAUAUUA